GUGCUGGUGGUUGCGAGAUUUUGUAGAACACAUACUCAUAAUACUCACGUUUGAACAAUCGUCUUCCUGUCCUCACGCAAUCAUUCUGGUAGCGAUACCUAUCUGGGAAGUCCUGGCUGUCUGGCCAGUUGACCGACAUAACCAAGGUAUGUUACUGGGUCGUCUUUCGAGGCGUCAGGCGUUGCGCGUGCUGGUGUCAAGAGCGAACAUGUUCACCAAUUCAAACGUAAAAAUCCAGAUAAGUCCGGCGUGCGCUGGUGGAGUUUCGGUAACAAGCUCGCCUCGCAUGUCAGAUGUGCGGAGUUCAAACUCCGGCACGGCCAUUGGCUAUGCACUGCUGAUGAACUCUAACAAGAGUGAAACUCGACUCCAGUGGUGUGGACUUACCAGAACGACUACGGGAGGGCAGGAGGACGAUUGUCCAAACGAGGGUCUUAACCUGAGUCUUUUCUUCAGUCGCUCUACGUGCAAUCGGUUGGGAUGUCGACUUUUGGUCUACCAACCGAUGAUCAUCUCUUAUCGAGCGAUCUGCUUUCCUCAAUCCGCCAAGGGUUUUAUUGGACUGGGACUUUCUAAGGUCACAGUCAGUGACGUGUUUGCUUGUCAUUGUUGGUCCUCUGCGCACUUAUG